AAGCUCCCAACCAGGCGAGGCCCACUGCAGCAUCCGUCCAGCAGGGAUUACCGGCUCUUUCUCUCUCCAGCUUGGCUCAUAAGGUGGAAUCGGACGAAACAUGUCUUAUCAAGGAAAAAAGAACAUCCCAAAGAUCACAAGCGACAGGCUUCUGAUCAAAGGCGGGAGGAUUGUGAAUGACGACCAGUCUUUCCAUGCUGACAUCUACAUGGAGGAUGGCCUCAUUAAGCAGAUUGGUGACAACCUGAUCGUGCCCGGUGGCGUGAAGACCAUCGAGGCCAAUGGAAAAAUGGUGAUCCCCGGCGGCAUUGACAUCCACACCCACUUCCAGAUGCCUUACCGUGGAACCACCACCGUGGACGACUUCGCUCAGGGAUCCAAGGCUGCUCUCGCUGGUGGCACGACCAUGAUCGUGGACCACGUGAUCCCGGAGCCCGGCACCAGCCUGAUGGAGGCCUUCGACCAGUGGAGGCAGUGGGCCGAUGAGAAAGCCUGCUGCGACUACUCCCUGCAUGUGGAUAUCACCCACUGGAACGACAGCGUGAAGCAGGAGGUGGAUAAUCUCAUCAAGGAGAAAGGUGUGAACUCAUUCCAGGUCUACAUGGCCUUCAAGGACUACUACCAGAUGAGCAACAGCGAGCUUUAUGAGAUCUUCACCUUUCUGGCAGAGAGAGGGGGCAUCGCUCAGGUCCACGCUGAAAAUGGAGAAAUCAUCGCUGAGGAGCAGGCCCGGAUGCUGCAGAUGGGCAUCACUGGACCAGAGGGACAUGUGCUGAGCAGGCCGGAGGAGCUGGAAGCUGAGGCUGUGUUUCGCGCCGUCACCAUCGCCAGCCAGACCAACUGUCCGCUGUAUGUGACCCGCGUCAUGAGCAAGAGCGCCGCCGACAUCAUCUCACAGGCCCGGAAAAAAGGAAACGUUGUGUUUGGGGAGCCAAUCACGGCCAGCCUGGGGACUGAUGGGACACACUACUGGAGCAAGAACUGGGCCAAAGCAGCUUCUUUUGUUACGUCCCCCCCUCUCAGCCCCGAUCCCACCACUCCAGACUAUCUGAACACGCUGCUGUCCAGCGGAGACCUGAGUGUGACCGGCAGCGCUCACUGCACCUUCAGCGUGGCCCAGAAGGCCAUCGGCAAGGACGACUUCACCCAGAUCCCCGAGGGCGUCAACGGCGUGGAGGAGAGGAUGGCCCUCAUCUGGGACAAAGCUGUGACCACAGGCAAGAUGGACGAGAACAUGUUUGUGGCCGUCACCAGCACCAACGCGGCUAAGAUCCUGAACCUGUACCCCCGUAAGGGCCGGAUCGCGGUGGGAUCCGAUGCCGACUUGGUCAUCUGGGACACAGACUCUGUUCGCACCAUCACUGCCAAGACACACAACUCGGCUGCUGAAUACAACGUCUUUGAGGGCAUGGAGCUGCGCGGCGCCCCGCUGGUGGUGAUAUGCCAGGGCAAGAUCGUCCUGGAGGAGGGAAACCUCCACGUCACCUCUGGAGUGGGCCGUUUCAUCCCCUGCUCCUCCUACCCUGACUUUGCCUAUAAGCGCAUCAAAGCUAGGAAGCAGCUGGCCGUCCUGAGGGCCGUGCCCAGGGGGAUGUACGACGGCCCCGUGUCCGAGUUCUCCAUGUCCCGCGGCGGGACCCCCUCGGCCUCGGCGCGGACCUCUCCCACCAAGCAGCCCGUCAGAAACCUGCACCAGUCCGGAUUUAGUCUAGCAGGUAACCCUGCGCCAUGCGGUCCCCCAACCCCAGAUGACAUUCCCAUCAGGCCCGCAGGCCGGCGUAUCGUAGUGCCCCCUGGUGGUCGCUCCAACAUCACAUCUCUCAGUUAAGCAGCAAGAGGAGGAGGGGACACGUCCAAAAAACACAACAGCCAGAGUGGAGGGUGGAGGGGUUGGGGGGGAGGGAGGGGAGUGGGAAGGGUUGGUGUGAAUGAGGGAGGAAGAAAUGCAGAGGACCACGAUUAGUGAACAAAAAAAAAAGAAAAAGAAAAGCUAAACACUGAAUCCUCAUGCCUUACCUGUCACAACGCUACUAUGCUGAGAUGUAAAUAGUAUCCCUUUUCCUGGUGAAUUUGGACCGGAGUCAAACUUUAAUGCGGUUUGUAAUAACUCCCACCAAAGCACACACACACACACACAUCACACAGGACGAGGCUCCGCCUUACUUUUUUCUCUCCUCCGUACACUUCGACACCGACAGGAAAAACAACUUCACUUGGUGCUUUGGUCAGAAUGAAGUGAACCUUCACGCCAACUCACUGAACCAAAAAACAGAA